CAUAUAUAUAUAUAUAUAGCUGAUGCAGAGAAGGCAUAUUGGUAGUACGAACUUUGGUUUGGUGAGCUGUGUUUCUCUGUAAUAGAUUACUAUUUUGUUAAUUUAAUAUUAACUCAAUAACUCCUAUCACAUGGCCUCUGUACUCUCAUAAAUCUCAGUUUCCUCUCUCUCUCUCUCUCUCUAUCUAUUCAAUUUCAUGUUAGAGAUGUUGGAGAAUCCUGAGAAAUCAUGAGGUCUCAAAGUGUUAAUAAUCUCUACUUAUGGUGGAGAGUUGGGUUUCUUUUCUGCUUGGUUUUUGUAGAGAGAUGUCGUGGGCUCAACAUGGAUGGGGUUCUGUUGCUUUCUUUCAAGUACUCGAUCAUCGAGGAUCCUACGCGCGUGCUUGAGACCUGGAACUACGACAACGAUACGCCAUGUUCAUGGAAAGGAGUGAGCUGUGGAUCUCCGGGAGAAUCCAACACCAACUCUCGGGUCAUAGGCUUAAAUCUACCAAGUUCACAGCUUCUGGGUUCGAUUCCUGCUGAUUUUGGCAUGAUCGAACACCUCCAAAAUCUUGAUCUUUCCAACAAUUCCAUUAAUGGGUCUCUCCCUUUUUUGCUUUUCAACGCAACAGAGCUUCGGUUUCUUGAUUUGUCAAACAAUUUGAUCUCCGGUGACUUGCCGGAGACUGUAGGUCGGUUACAGAAUCUUCAAUUGCUUAAUCUCUCUGACAAUGCCUUGGCGGGGAAAUUACCUGCCACUCUCACUACUGUGUCUAAUCUAACUGUUGUUUCUUUGAAGAAUAACUACUUCUCUGGUGAUCUUCCUAGUAGAUUUAGCUCUGUUCAAGUUUUGGAUCUUUCUUCGAAUCUAAUCAAUGGAUCUCUUCCUCCUGAUUUUGGUGGUCCUAGUCUUCGUUACUUGAACGUCUCCUACAACAAGUUAUCAGGAAAUAUUCCACCACAAUUCGCCGAGAAAAUCCCGGGUAACGCUACUGUUGAUCUCUCGUCCAACAAUCUCACCGGAGAAAUCCCAGAAUCCAGUGUUUUCAUGAAUCAAGAAACGAAGUCGUUUUCUGGGAAUCUUGAUCUAUGCGGACCGCCAACAAAGAAACCAUGUGCAAUCCCUUCUACACCAUCAGCUCCUCCUACUUCUCCUCCUGCAUUUGCCGCAAUUCCAAAGACUGUAGACUCCAACACUUCUGGGAAUUCAACUGGGUCUCAUAAAAAGGGGCUCAGACCAUUAACAAUCGUAGGCAUUGUAAUUGGGGAUUUGGUAGGAAUUUCGAUUCUUGCUCUGAUUUUCUGUUAUGUGUACCAUGUAAAGAAAAGGAAGAAAGCAGAGGGUACAAUCAAGAAAGAAGCCAUUACCGCCAAGGAUGAUUCUUGGUCAACUUCAUCGUCAGAAUCAAAAGUUUUCACGAGAUGGUCGUGUCUGCGGAAGAGAGCCGACGAUGAAAAAGAAUCCGACACUUCGAGUUCUGAUUCUGAAGAUAAUCAUCAUCAAAAUGGACCAAAUCGCGUUGAAAGUCAAAGGCCGCAAGAUCUGGAGCAAAACAAGAAAGGUACGCUAGUGACCGUUGAUGGGGAAAAGGAGCUUGAGCUGGAAACUUUACUCAGAGCUUCGGCGUACAUAUUAGGCGCCACCGGUUCGAGCAUAAUGUACAAGGCGGUGCUUGAAGAUGGGACUUCCCUUGCGGUUCGUAGAAUCGGAGAGAACAGCGUGGACCGGUUCAGAGACUUCGAGACCCAGGUCCGAGUCAUUGCGAAAUUGGUUCACACCAACCUGGUCCACAUACGUGGCUUCUUCUGGGGCGUCGAUGAGAAACUCAUCAUAUACGACUUCGUUCCGAGCGGCAGCCUCGCCAACGCUCGCCACAAAAAGGUGGGCUCAUCCCCGUGUCAUUUGCCAUGGGAGACUAGGCUCAAGAUAGCGAAAGGGGUGGCCCGUGGGCUUGCAUUUCUGCACGAGAAGAAGCAUGUUCAUGGGAAUUUGAAGCCCAGUAAUAUUCUUCUGGAGUCUGAUAUGGAGCCCAAGAUUGGAGAUUUCGGACUCGAAAAGCUUGUAGCGGGAGACUCAAGCUACAAAGCCGGUGGAUCAUCGAGAAUUUUCGGAAGCAAGAGGUCCACGGCGUCGCGUGAUAGUUUCCAAGACUUUCCAAUGGGUCCUAGCCCAAGCCCGAGCCCAAGCUCAAUGGGGUUUGCGUCACCUUAUCAGGCACCAGAGUCACUAAGGAACCUGAAGCCGAAUCCAAAGUGGGAUGUCUAUUCGUUUGGGGUCAUAUUGCUGGAGUUGCUAACUGGGAAGGUUACGGUGGUGGAUGAGAUGGGCCAUAUGAAUGGGCUUGUAGUGGAGGACAAGAACCGGGCCUUAAGAAUGGCUGAUCCGGCAAUACGGGCCGAGUUAGAGGGCAAAGAGGAGUUCUUAUUGGGCUGCUUCAAGUUAGGGUACGGUUGUGCAUCUCCAAUUCCGCAGAAGAGGCCUACAAUGAAAGAAGCCAUACAGAUUCUUGACAAAAUUCCGUCUUCAACGUCGUCAUCACAAUUUUAUGGUCAUUUAUGAUGCCAAUUGCAUUUUGUUUUGUAGAAAGAUGUAUGUAUGAUUGACUGACAUUUCUUUUUCUUUCUUUUUCUUUUUCUUUUUUGUAUUUGUUCCCCGAGCUUGGAUUGUGACCGUGUGAAAUCAUAGGUAGAUGUUGGUGAUACUAAUUGUGGACCAAUCCCACACUCCUUUUAGUGUUUUUGUUUUGGACCAAGUAUUGAGAGUUCAUUCAUUCUCCUGUCA